AUUCGAAGGGGAGGGGCUUAAAAUGAUUGACGCUCCAGCGGCGCGUAUCAACCAAUAGGGAUCCAAGAACGAGCUACAGUUGCGCGGUGGGGCACGAAGUUCGAGCGCCGCGAGAGGAGAGGACGGUUUGCAGAGGGCGAGAUUUAAAGCCAGCCGUUUGGAGUCGGUGUCAGCAUGACGGGGAUUUAAAGCCACGAACUGCAGUAACGUGUCUGAGAUCUCGGGGGUGGGGCUGCGCUCAGGGAUCUGCGUGAGACGUCGCAGAACAAACGCGUGGAACUAGUUAAAAGACUUUACGCGCUUUACGCGUAACGCUACAGGGGCGACGGAGUCGGAGGCGCAGCAGAGAGCGCCGCGGUUUGAAACGUCUGGAGCAAAGUUUUUGAGCGCAGUGUGGUUACAGGGCCAGCAGAGGUCUUUAAAAAGGUGUUUAGAUUGAUCCGCAGAGCCAGCAUGUCUAAAGAAAAUACGCAUCUGUUUAACGGCAUUGAGUUCAUCAAAGACCGGCUCUAUUUUGCCAUCCUCAAGCAGAAGAUCCGGAGUUCGUCCGAGAGACACUGUUUCUGUGUUGAUGACGAGCUCUCCUAUGAGAACUUUUAUGCGGACUUUGGUCCACUCAACCUUGCCAUGUUUUAUCGCUUCUGUUGCAAGCUCACCAAGAAGCUGAAGAUUUUUUCACAUGCCAAAAAGAAAAUUGUGUUCUACACAUGUGGCGACAAAAAGAAACAAGCAAACGCGGCCUAUUUAAUAGGAUCCUAUGCGGUGAUGCAUCUCCAGAAAACACCAGAGGAAGCUUAUAGUCUACUAGUGUCCAGAAACACCACUUAUCUUCACUUCCGAGAUGCGUCAUUUGGAACUUGCAUGUACAAUCUGACCAUCCUUGAUUGUUUAUGUGCUGUACACAAGGCUCUGCAGUUUGGCUGGCUGAACUUCUCCAACUUCGACGUGGAGGAAUAUGAGCAUUAUGAGAGAGCAGAAAAUGGCGAUUUCAACUGGAUUAUUCCCGGGAAAUUCUUGGCCUUUAGUGGUCCACAUCCAAAGAGCAAGAUUGAGAAUGGUUACCCACUCCAUGCUCCUGAGGCAUACUUCCCAUACUUCAGGAAGCACAACGUAACCACGGUCAUACGUCUCAACAAAAAAAUGUAUGAUGCCAAACGUUUCACAGAUAUGGGAUUUGACCACCAUGACUUGUUCUUUGUUGAUGGGAGCACGCCCAACGAUGCCAUUGUCACCAAGUUCAUGAACAUCUGUGAGAACACUGAUGGUGCCAUAGCUGUCCACUGUAAAGCUGGCCUUGGCCGCACUGGAACACUGAUAGCCUGCUACAUGAUGAAGCACUUCAGACUGACUGCAGCUGAGGCCAUCGCCUGGAUCAGGAUUUGCAGGCCAGGUUCAGUGAUCGGACCACAACAGAACUUCAUUGAGGAUCUGCAGUCCAGCCUGUGGGCAGAGGGUGAUUUGUACCGUCAGAAACUAAGCGAGCUGGAAAAUGGCUCCAGCAAGAUGGCAGUCACAGGAAUACUGUCGGGGGUGGAUGAUAUCUCCAUCAAUGGGAAAAACAAGAACAUAGCAAGGAGAACAGAAAUGUAUUUUGAUGAGGAGGAGGAGGAGGAACGCAGCGGCCUCACACAAGGUGAUAAGCUGAGGGCACUAAAGAGUAAAAGACAGUCCAGAGCAUCUACAGGCUCUUUAUCGUUGGAGGAGAAUAAAAUUCACACCAGGUCAACAUCUAACUCAUUAAGAAUUAUUCUACAGUCAAGUGCACAACGCUGUAAAUCUGUAAAAUCUCAGAACCCUUCCGAUAAUGUGGACGUUAGAAAAAGAACCAGAACUUCACUUGGAUCCAACAGAGCUAACAGCCCGUUAUUACAUUCCAGACUUGCAAGGUCUUUAGGCAACUUGCAUGUAAUGGCCAGCGAAAAGAACCAUGAGUUCUCUGAAGUCAGUCCAGGCCCUAUGGCUACAGGUAGCAUGGGCAGCCAGGCAAACUUAAAGCAUGUAAGCCCAGUCAACAGUGAGCUGCUGCCAUUGCCUCCUCAACCCAGCAAUAUCACCACAGCCUGAGUCUCAUCAAAUUAGUAAGUCAGCAGCAGCCCCUACAGGCUGAGCGUCACAAACUACUUAAAAAAAAAAAAACGAGUCUGCAAGCUACGCUCUACUUUACUCGACU